UGCUGCCACUGCUGCCACUGCUGCCGCUGCUGCCACUGCUGCAGCUGAUGUCACUGCUGCAGCUGCUACCACUGCUGCAGCUGCUGCUGCUGCUUCUGAUGUUGCUGCCACUGCUGCCACUGCAGCAGAAGGUGAGACAAUCCCAGAACUCGCAACAUGGGAAAAUACUGCUGCUGCUGGUUCAAGUGGUGGUGCUGCUGCUGGUGGUGGUGGUGGUGGUGGUGGUGGUGGUGGUGGUGGUGGUGGUGGUGGUGGUGGUGGUGGUGGUGGUGGUGGUGGUGGUGGUGGUGGUGGUGGUGGUGGUGGUGGUGGUGGUGGUGGUGGUGGUGGUGGUGGUGGUGGUGGUGGUGGUGGUGGUGGUGGUGGUGGUGGUGGUGGUGGUGGUGGUGGUGGUGGUGGUGGUGGUGGUGGUGGUGGUGGUGGUGGUGGUGGUGGUGGUGGUGGUGGUGGUGGUGGUGGUGGUGGUGGUGGUGGUGGUGGUGGUGGUGGUGGUGGUGGUGGUGGUGGUGGUGGUGGUGGUGGUGGUGGUGGUGGUGGUGGUGGUGGUGGUGGUGGUGGUGGUGGUGGUGGUGGUGGUGGUGGUGGUGGUGGUGGUGGUGGUGGUGGUGGUGGUGGUGGUGGUGGUGGUGUGGUGGUGGUGGUGGUGGUGGUGGGACCGUUUCAGUUUCAUCUGGUGCUGGUUUCAACGCCCCGCCGCAUGCCGCCGCCCAUCCUCCAGCUCACCUUCCUUUGGAUACGCUCCCUGGCAUGCCAGGGCAGAGACCGGGCGGGUAUUCUUGUCCUGGCGUCUCGAAAGGGGGAGGUUGGAGCAGCAGCAGCGACUAAAACAGGACCGGCAGGAGGGAGAGGAGUAGUGAGAGGAGCAGGUAUAGGAGGGGAGGGAGGAAGAGAGGGAGAGGAAGGAGGAGGGGGAGGAGGAGGGGGAGGGGGAGGGGGAGGAGGAGGGAGAGGGGGAGGGAGAAGAGGAGGAGGGGGAAGAUGGAGAGGAGAAGAAGGCAUAGGAGACGGAGGUAGAGAGGGGUUAUCUGAUCGAGCGAGAGGGAGUGCUGGUGGUAGCGCCACAGCUGCACCUUUCAAAUCUUGCCCCAAUCUCCCAUCACAACCCACUUCUUAUUCUCCAUCAAAACGCAAGGCGAGCGUGAUGCACCCCCCUUCCACUUCUGGUGCCAGCAGUGGCAGUGCUGCUGCUGCUGCUGCUGCUGCUGCUGCUGCUGCUGCUGCUGCUGCUGCUGCUAGUGCUGGAUUUGGAGGGAUUGGAGGGAUUGGAAUUGACUCUGCUCAUGAGUCCCGUGUCACAGAGCUCUGUGAAUGCUAA